AUGUCAACAAAUAACAAUUACGAACAAGCACGCAUUGAAAAAGAGUGUAUGGAACUUCGGAAAAUUAUAAAUGAAUCAAAAAUCAGUCUCCAGUCGAGCAAUAAAGGAACAGCAGUUAGAAUAAUUGACGAAUAUUCCGAAUGGCAACAAAAUUAUUGUAAAAAUAAUCGUAAGAAUGAACUAGAAGGCACGUUCGACUUUGAUUACUUUAAUUAUGGAAAUUAUUCUGAACUAUAUUUGCGUUACAAAAAAGAAGCAAAAAUUGCGGAAUGGAAGAUUUAUAUCUCUAUGGCGCAGAUUGACAUGCUUGCAGCUGCAAAUAAUUCGCUUGAAAGCAAUAGGCGACUAACAAAAAACGAUGAAUCACAGGUAAAAAAACUGAGCGUGGAAGACUUGAAUAAAUUAAGCAAGGAAGAAUUAAUCGACGAUAUAAAGAAGCAUCAAGUCAAAUGUGACUCGCUUAAUCAAAAUUUCGAUUUGUUUCUUCAAGUGCAAAUGCAAGAAGAGUUUGAGUUACAGAAACAAGAACUACAAAAUCAAAUAAACCCAUUUUGUGAACAUUUUGCUAUAAAGCAAGAAAUUCAAAAAAAGGAUGAAAAAAUAAUCGAUCUUCAUAGUCAAUCCUUCAAGCUUAUCAAAGAUAUUGAAAGAAUUCAAGCAGAUGUUGUUGAUGCGGUCAAAAUAGAAGAGGAGAAAAUCGUAAAUAUGACAAAGCAGACAGACGAGUUCCUUUAA